GUCCCUCUCUUCUCUCCACACAUCCCCCAAAAUCUAGAACAAGUUAGUGUCCGAAUUCGUAGAACCUCGAAGAACACCGAAAGCGAGAUGUCGCUCACGAUCCCGACGAAUCUUGUUCUGAACCCGAGAUCUAACAAAUCUCUGACUCAAUCCGUACCUAAAUCCUCCGCAAGAUUCGUCUGCUCCGAUGACAAAUCCUCGACUACACCGCAGUCCAUGAAAGCAUUCUCCGCGGCUGUGGCUCUCUCUUCCAUCCUCCUCUCAGCUCCUAUGCCAGCUGUUGCCGACAUCUCCGGUUUGACUCCAUGCAAGGAAUCGAAACAGUUCGCUAAGCGGGAGAAGCAACAGAUCAAGAAGCUUCAGUCUUCUCUUAAGCUUUACGCUCCUGAGAGUGCUCCUGCUCUUGCUCUUAACGCUCAGAUCGAGAAAACCAAACGCAGGUUCGAGAACUACGGGAACUAUGGAUUGCUAUGCGGGUCAGAUGGUCUACCACACCUGAUAGUGAACGGAGACCAGAGGCAUUGGGGAGAGUUCAUUACACCAGGGAUUCUAUUCCUUUACAUUGCGGGAUGGAUUGGGUGGGUUGGAAGAACCUACUUGAUAGCUAUUAGUGGAGAGAAGAAACCCGCGAUGAAAGAGAUCAUCAUCGAUGUUCCUUUGGCUAGUCGAAUCAUCUUCCGUGGUUUCAUUUGGCCCGUUGCUGCCUACAGAGAGUUCCUCAAUGGUGAUCUCAUUGCUAAGGAUGUUUGAUUUAUGAUUUCUGCUUUGUUACUACUCUCUUUCUCUAAUCUCUUAUGUUUUCCAUUGUACCUAUUGAAGAAAACAAUGCAUUGUCGAAAACUAUUGAAAUUUGAAUUGCGCAUUUAGAAA